GGGGGCUGCAAGGCUCUGUGGCAGCGAGAAGAAGAGGGAGGAAAAAAAGAGAGGAGGAGGGGCUGUGGUGGGCUUCCUCUGCCUCACAGACACAUUUUAUUGACUUGCUAAUUGGAUGAGGCACUCGGAGGAGAGGAUGCGGUGACCGAGAGUAGCUGCUCUCCAGAGGAGGGAUACGGGCACAGGGAAGCGUUACUCGGGAUGCGUGAAUCUGGCUGCUUCAUCUCCUUCUUUUUUUUCAUUCUGGAAACAUAACAACAGAUGUUUUUCAGCAUCUCCCAGUGACCCUCACACCGUGCAUGAAUCAUUUUAUGCAUGACAUUGUCGAAUGGAGGCUCCGGCUGCCUGACGCUCCAUGACAAGUGAAUGAUUUCAUUUUGAUGUUUUUUGCAGCCUGUUCCUGCUCACCUGUUUUUUUUUUGUUCAAGGACUGAUCAGAUUUAGCCAUUCUCUUUUUUUGACAGCGACGGUCGAUACGAGUGGUAAUCUAAUGGCAAGAUAAUUUUUUCAGCAAAUCGAAAGAUACAAGAAACUGUGUCAUGGAUAUUCUUCGGAAAAAUGAAGUCCUGUCCUGGUUGCCAUGACUUGAGAUGUGCAGGUCUGGCUUGGUCAGAGAGCAGGUGCCACUUUGCUGAAGUCCGCUGUCCCAAUGAGCAAGGCAAGCAACACACAGAGACGCACCACCUACCUCAUUUCCCUCACUCUGGUGAAGGUUGAGGCCGUGCCAGAGGAUGUAGCAGGGAACCAGAGGGAGCCUCUUCCAGAGGGGGAAGGGAGUCCUAGGAAGGAGGAGGAGGAGGAGGAGGAGGAGGAGGUGAGCAAUGCCCCUGAAAAGGAUGAAGGACCUGAAUGUAUAGCAGUGGGGAGAGUAGAAAACCCACCGGCGGCAGAAGAAGUGGAACAGGUGCACUAUGUCAAGUAUGGCAGCCCCAGCGAGACCUGGGGGAAGCCUGAACGGAGAGAAACCCACGGUCACCAAAAAGACUUUGUGUCAGUUGGUAAAGACACUUCUUUCGCGCCUCCACCUGCAAGGCAAAUGGUCAAAGUGUACGGAGGCACUACCUCCGAGGGGGCUGUGCGCCGAGAGGGGCCUCGCUCUGACGCCAUGCGCCCCAAGACGGAGCUCUACAGAGAGCCCCCCGUGCUGUUCCUGAAGGGCGAAAAUGGAGCCGAGCUGAACAUUCGAUCACGAUGCAGCCUCCCGUUUUCCAUCCCGCCGCAAGUCGGCCAGCGCCCCGAAGUCCUGAUGAGGUCGCACGCGGGAGGCAACUCUGCAUGCUGGAGGGAACUGAGAGAGGCCAACGCAAGCCUGUAUCACUCUGCAAGGACUUUGGAUCGAAGGGAAAACCGCUUCGGGGACCAGUCCCCCUCGAUGGCAGCUACAACUCUGGGGCCUUACAGGGCGUCCUGGGCCGACAGCGACGGCAGAGGCACGCUCAUUCGCCCCGGAGCGCCCCUCAGCGGAGGAUUUUCCGGCAUAAUGACCAAGGACAGCCCUCAGGGGGAGAGAUUUAAGACGGUCUCCGUUUCCUUGCCGGCACCUCCUGCCACCGACGCGUCCAGGCCUCAGAGAAAAGGCACAAGCCGUACCCUGGACAACAGCGACCUACAUACGGUGUCAGAUGACCUGAAGAAGGGGAAGGAGGGCCAGCGCGCUCCCCCCCGCGACAGAAAGGUGCUCAAGUUCAUCAGUGGCAUUUUCACCAAAAGUACAGGCGUGCCAGCCAGCGUCGGCACCGCACCGCCCCUCUAUCCAGCUGUGGAGAGGGGCUCCAGCGAGGACGAAGCUGCAUGCACCAACAGUCAAGAAUGGACCAUGAACCAAACUGUCCAAGAGCUUCACUUGGGUGUUUUGGGAGGUCUGUGCAGUGGGAAGUCCGCUCUGGUCCACAGACACUUGACAGGAAGUUACCUGCAGCUGGAGAAUGCUGAGGGGCGCCAAUACAUUAAGGACGUCCUAGUUGAUGGACAGAGCCACCUGUUGAUGAUCAGAGAGGAGACAGAACUCCCAGGUGCUCAGCUUGCAAAUUGGUUGGAUGCAGUCAUCUUGGUCUUCAGUUUGGAAAAUGAGGCCAGCUUCCAAGAAGUUUACAGAAUCUACCACCAACUGGCCGCCCACCGGCCCGUUUCCGAGAUACCUUUUGUAGUAGUGGGUACUCAGGAUAAAAUCAGCAGCUCCAACCCCAGAGUAAUAGAUGACGCCAGGGCCAGACAGCUCUGCUCAGAUGUGCGUCGCUGCACAUAUUAUGAGACCUGUGCAACGUACGGGCUCAAUGUGAACCGAGUCUUCACUGACGCUGCCCAAAAGAUAAUGGCUGCAAAGAAGCAGGCUGCUCUUCUGGCUUCCUGUAAAUCUCUCCCAAACUCCCCCAGUCACUCUGGGGGCUCCACCCCGGUUUCGGGGGUCUUUCCAGGACAGGCCAGUAACGGUGGUCAGAGCAGUGAUUACUCUUCAUCACUUCCUUCCACUCCUGUGAUCAGUCAUAAAGAAAUCGGCAAAACAGUGAGAGGGGAAAAGCAAGACAGUGCCACUCCCGGGUCAGUCCGCAGUGCCACCCGGAGACGCACCUCCAGAUUUGCGGGUCGCAGAGGCAGUGACUCCAACAGAAGGAGUGCAGACUGUAUGGGAGACCUGGGCAGUGGACGCUUCAUUCCCAUCAAACAGGGCAUCUUGCUAAAGCGCAGCGGGCACUCGCUCAACAAAGAGUGGAAGAAGAAGUAUGUCACACUGUCCAACGACGGCAUUCUGUCCUACCACUCCAGCGUCAACGACUACAUGCUGAAUGCACCUGGGAAGGAGAUGGACCUGCUGCGGGUGACGGUGAAGGUGCCAGGAAAGCGACCACCUCGUGCUGUACCCGCCUACGGCCUUCCAGUCGGACUCAAUGGGCGCGUCAAAGAUGUGCCGGGACCCGAGGGGGUCAGCCCAGUCCCUGUAAGUGCCAGCAACCUCCUGCAAGUGGAGGAAAUGGAAGGGCUGGGUGGUGCACUGUUCCUGAGGGGCAACAGAGGCGUGCAGCGAUGUCCCUCGACUCUCUCUAACCACGCUCAAAGUGUCGACUCUGCAGUUGAGGGCGUGUCCAGCUCAUCCUCCACCAAAGACGUAGGUUCCUCCUCCCCGCUGACGGACAGGAAGAAACAUCGCAGAAAGAAAAGCAUGAACCAGAAAGGAGAUGCAACCAUUGGCCAAGCAGAUGCUAAGCGCAAAAUGUGGAAACUUAAAAGCUUUGGUAGCUUAAGAAACGUAAGCAAGACAGAUGAGGAUAACUUUGACUUCCUCAUCGUGUCGAGCACUGGCCAGACGUGGCACUUUGAAGCCCAGAGUGUGGAGGAGAGGGACUCCUGGGUCCAAGCCGUGGAGAGCCAGAUCCUGGCCAGCCUGCAGCUGUGUGAGAGCAGCAAAAAUAAGGCCCGCAGGAACAGCCAGAGCGAGGCAGUGGUUUUGCAGGCAAUCCGCAACGCAAAGGGCAACAACUUCUGUGUCGACUGUGACGCUCCAAAUCCAACCUGGGCCAGUCUGAACCUGGGGGCUCUCAUAUGCAUCGAGUGCUCAGGGAUCCAUAGGAACUUGGGGACCCACCUGUCGCGGGUUCGCUCUCUAGACCUCGAUGAUCUGCCGCGAGAGCUGACGCUGGUUCUCAGUGCCAUCGGCAACCACAUGGUCAACAGCAUAUGGGAGGCUCGUACAUUGGGCAGCCGUAAGCCGGCACCUGAUGCUACACGUGAGGAACGGGAGUUGUGGAUCAGAGCCAAAUAUGAGCAGAAACUCUUUGUGGCGCCGUUGCCCCCUCCCUCUCCUGGCGAGGGCCCAGACAUCACCCUUUCUGGCCGUCUUCUUUUGGCUGUGAUGGAGCACAACCUCCCAAGGAUGCUGCUCCUUUUGGCCCAUUGCACUAAGGAGGACAUUAACGCCCCUCUCAGCCUGGCGCUCUCCUGCAGGUCGCUCGUGGCGCUGCGAAUGCCUGGCUCUGCCCUGCACGCUGCCUGUCAGCAAGCUGAUGUGGUGAUGACGCAGCUUCUCGUUUGGUAUGGCUGUGACGUUCGUCACCGGGACGCUCAGGGGCAGACAGCUCUGGUUCUGGCUCGCAGCGCUGGCAGCCAGGAAUGCGUCGACAUCUUACUCCAGUACGGGUGCCCAAAUGAACCGGCCUCCUCCUUCUGCGUCGCCACCACAGUUGGUUUUGCAGCCGCUGCCACGCCGAGCUUCCCUGUUGCCAUGACGCCGAGCCUGACGGUUGCCACCACCCUCAAGAUUUCGCACAAGAGCGGCGGCGGUGGCGGCGGCGCCAGCUUGAGUUACAGCACCUCUAGAAGAGCAGUGUCAUAAUCUAAAUGUGCUGUGGUAUAUGUGGCUCAUACUGUCCCCUACCUCCCGCGGGACUGUUGAACAUGUGGCCAGAUGUUGCACUACUGAGGUUUUAAAAAGGGGGUUUGUUUGUGUGUGUGUGUGUGUGUGUGUGUGUGUGUGUAUCAGGGAUGAAAACACACAUUGUUGACAGCGCAGGUAACAACACUUUAAGUCUCCCAGAACGAUCAAACCAAAACAAAAAGAGAAACUGUCCAGGGAGGAAAUAACGUGACAUUACAUCCUCUGUGUUCGGAUCCAAUAGGAAUGUAUUGCACUGUAUACCAGCUGGUACGAUUCAUACGUCAUCAUGCAGCCAACUUGAUUCUCCACUCCGUUAACAAUUAGAGUUUACCUUUGGCCUCAAAAAAACAUGUAUUUAAACACUAAAUGCAUCCACACAUUGCAACUUUAUGGACAACAAAUGACCAUUUUAAAUUCCGAAUGCAUAUUCUGUUCAACACAGCCUCAUCCACUGCAUUAAUAAUGUAAUAAAACAGACUUUACAGUGGCUAAAAAAAAGAAGCUUCUUUAAAGAAAUUUAAAAGAUCUGUAUAGAAAUGCAUCGAUAAAGAUAUUAUAAUUCUGAAAGAUUGAAAGCUCCAUUUUUGAGAUUACUAUUGUACGAUUUGUACAGUUGGUUCUGUGUAUAAAACGGUUACUCGUGGCUCUUCAGAUAUUUCCUGUACAGCAUCUUGGUUUGGUUUUCCUUCAACAAGCAGUGGAUUAACGCUUUGCCAUCCAAGACUGAGAUUUCUAUGUUAUGUCAUUUGUAUCAAUGUGUGUGACAUUCAUCAUGACGCAGCUCAUCAUCAGGGCGAGUGUAAUACUAGAUGUGUAAAUGCCUUGAUUUUGAUUGAAUGUAUACAAAACCAGAGGGUUUCGGUUUUCCAGGCUGAUACAGUUUUGGUGGACUGUCAGGGUGUUUUAUUUUUUAUUUAACUAAUAGUAUUCCUGUUGUGACUAAUAGAAAGUACAUUUUAAUAGAUUACAACUCUGCAAAGGUUCUGAUCUAUAAAACUGGGCCUUUGAAUGACUAUGAUUAUAUUUAUAUCGAUUAUAGUCGAUGGAAAUCAACAUGUAAUAGAGGAAUGUUGGCCAAUCUAGUAUGUUAAAAAAGGCAUAAAAACCAACCCUCUUGCAGUACUGUAUGUAUUUUUGUGUUAAUCUGAAGACUCGGCUGAGUGUACAUGUCUUUGAUGUAAGCAUCGCUCUCCAUUUGUAUUUUUUUACUCAUGCAAUGAUUCAUGGAGCAUUCACUAUAAUACACUAAGGCUACGCCCAAGCUGUGGUGUUUCUGUACUAAGUUGUGAAUUUUUCCGUAAAGCAAAAAAGGCGAGCUGAAUUUUUUAUUAUCUGUUCAUUAUUAUCAGCAGCCGGUAAUGAGGGGGAGGGAAGCUCCAGCAGGCGGCAACUUAAUGCAGUAGAGUUGCAUCACCUGUAUGCUGCAUUGAGUCCGUGUCGAGGUGUUUUCUGGACGGGUGAGGCGGGCGGCCGACACUUUGACACUCGAUUUAGGAUCUGAGCAUCAGAUCUUCUUUAUCAAACCGUCACUCACUGGCUGCGACUCAAUACCUUUUUUUCUAGGUCGAGGUCGUAAACCUUUUUCGGUACCAUAAUACCACGGUGGAGAAUCAGUUUCAUCCAUUCACAAUAAUAACCUGAUUGUUGUGGGCAAAAACGCAUCAAGACACAAAAGUGACAUAUGUGGCAAUGUUUUUAAAUUGAUGAAAUGUAUAGAUGUCCAUGUUCAGGAACCACAUUGAAAUAUCAACCAAUACAGCGAGUAAAAUAAGUAGUGAACACGUCAUCAAUUUUCUCAGUAAAUAUCUGCCCUAAGGUGCAAUUGACGUAAAGCUUUCACCAGAUAACAACCCAAAUAAUUCAAACAUUUGAUUCUUGCUACAUAAGCGUGGUGGGUAAUGACCAGAAGCCUCCUGUGGGGAGAAACUGUGCAUUGCGCUGUGAUCUUUGCCCAUUCUUCCACACAAACAGUCUUCUUUUUUUCCUCUAUUGAUUUCUUAUUGGAUUGAAGUGAAAUGAUUGGCUCGGCCAUCAGCAGCUUUAUUUUUCUUUCUCUGAAACCAGGUGCGAGUUUCCUUGGCUGUGUGUUUGGGAUCAUUAUCUUGCUGAGAUGUUCACCCUCGAGAAUGUCUUCCUUCAAUUAUAUGAAGUCUGCCAGUGCAGUAUCCUGAUAAAAUGUGCCGUGAUGCCCACACAUAUACGAACUUUACUGUUGGUUUUGUGUUUUUCGGAUGAUGCGCAGUACCAAUCGACCUCCAAAAAUGAUGUAUUAUGGCAUCCAAAGAGUUUACUUUUGCCUUCAUCUGACCAGACUAUAUCCCCCCAGUAUUUCACAGGCUUGUCUAAAUGUUGUGAGGCAAACUUUAAACGAGCUUCAACAUGCUUUUUCUUCAACAAUGUACUCUUGCCGGGUGAGAGUGCGCACAGGAGUUCUUUCUGAAGCUUUUCACAAGCCGUCUUUGGCUCUCGGACAACUCUUCUGACAAUUAUUUUCAGUCCUGUGUGAAUGUUCCAGUGAGCACCUUUGAAGACUUUAAAGGUGCUCACUGGAACAUUCACAAGUUUAGAAAUCCUUCUGUGACCAAUGCCAUCGGUAUGAAGGUCUUGGGAGAGCUCUGUGAAAUACAUUAACAGGGAAAACUCUUGACGCGUUCAAUACUUAUUUUACCUGCUGUAUAUGGUUUGCAUACAUCAUAAAGGAACAGUUCACUCCGAUAAACAAUAAAGCUGUCGUUGUUUUUUGCCCAAAA